CCGCGGCUCAUACCUAUUAGGCUUCUCUCCCAUAUAGUUCCCUCCUUUAUUAAGCCUCUCUUGCAGGCCAAAAACUUCCCCUGUAUUUAUAUACUUCACUUCCUUCAAAUAUUUCCUUGUACGUGCGUGCAUAUAUAGAUCCUAAAAAUCAAAAGGAAAGGCGUAAGCAGAGGCAGAGGCAGAGGCAGAGACAGAAACAGAGAAAUGGGUUUCUCAAAGGAAGAGAGAUCAAAAAGGGUUUUGAGGGGUGUGAAGACGGUGUUCUUCUUGAUCACCAUGCUGAUUUCCUUGCUGCUAUUCUCGGCGCCGGUGCUUUUGGUUAUUGCGGACGCACUUCUUCCUUCCGCGCUUCUUUCUGCUUAUCUUUCUCCUGCUACUCUUUCUUUACAAUCCCUCUCUUCCCAUUUCCAAAACUACGAUUUCCGGUAUUCCCUCAUCGAUAUACCUCUCAUAUCCAUUACAAGAUCAGCCAUCAUAAUCUGUGUUUAUAGCUUCUGCGAUGGGCCAAGGCUUUCGCGAGGGCCGUACUUGGGAAUUACGACGAUGUGUUCUGUGUUAUCUCUAAUGUUUGUUUGUUUGAAAGCUCCGUACGUGUUCGGUGUUUCCGGCACCGUCCGAGGAGGGUAUGUCAGGGCCAUGGAGAUAGCGUUGUUCAUAUGCUCGAUGGUUCUGGCUGUUGGGCAUAUUGUCGUCGCCUACAGAACAAGUUGCAGGGAGAGGCGGAAGCUUCUGGUUUACAAAAUUGACAUUGAAGCUAUUUCAGCAUGCAAGAACGGGUUUCCAAGCUAUCAGAAGAUCUUACAAGUAGAAAGGAUGAAGUAGGCAGACAAUGAAGGAGAUUUAUAGGGCUAAUCAAUUUCUCCAGAUCUUAAGAGUCGUGAGAUUUCAGAUUCAAUGCAAGAAGAAAUCGGUGGCCUAGAGAUUGGAGAAGUAGAUCCAAGCUAACACAAGGAAAAAAGUUUACAAGUUACUGUAGAGUAUAGGGGCUAUGAUUGCUUGCGGCAUAUGUAUAUAUAUAAUCUUUACUUGUCCCUUCUCUUUAAGAGAUGUGCUGACAGGUAUUUGUAUAUAAAAAAGGUGAAAGAUUAAGGCUAGCCGAAGGCUACCUUAUAUUGUGCAACUAAAAUGUUGGCUCUUUUUCUUAGUGUUAAGUACAUAUUCUAUCUCA